UACUGUCAGUCAGUACCAUUAUCAGACAAGCUGUAAUUUUUAUCUUGUUAUAAACUAAAUUAACUCGAAACUCUUUAUCAGUGUUGGGUUUCAGCUAAAUAAUAAGCCAAAGAGGUCAACUCAGUGUCUUAAAACCAUGCCAUACAUCAGUUCAGAUGGCCAGGUUGGCAAGAGGCCCUUCAGCUUCUAUGGCAUCUUUUGGGCCAUCAUCAACUUCUUUUAUCUGUUUUACAUGACGCUCAUCAACGCCGACUACAACAAGCACGGGGAGAAGUACACGCGCGACUACAGGAGCCCGGGCAGCGGGCCUCCACGCCCGCCGUCCCGUCGUUUCGGGGGCUUCAACUCCGGCUCGGGGCCCGCACCACCACCAGCCGGGGGUUGCGGCUGCGGCUAGCGGAGCCCUAACACCAACCGAUACAUGCUUAACGACUUGACGCCUAUUUGUAACUGUAACCUUAAUGAUACGGACUGUUCCGGAGUCGAUGUACCAUGCUUUAGAAAUGAAACACAUAUUGAGUUUAUACCUAGACCUAACAUUUCUAGUUAUCAAUACAUAAUAGAUCAACCUCCUAAAUCUCAUAACAUACAAGAACUGAUUUUUGACGAUAUAUCUAAUAGUUCACUUUCGGAGUUGAGGAAGAGAUUAACCGGUAUUAUUACUGAUGGGAUUCUUCAAUGCUAUUGUUAUCGUGCGCGUUCGUUCCGACGUCAACUAAGUUUUGACUCUCGACAUUUGUAAUUAUUAAUUACCCAUCUAAGGCCCAAGAUACACUUGUAAGCUUUACUUACGUAAGUACGGACACAGCCAGGGGUGCUCCGAGCAAUUAUUAGGGUUGACACAACUUGAUGUCCCUUUGCUUGCGCGACCACAGAUAAGGGCUUGAAUCUUGACAACCCUGAAUAGCCGAAAAGGAUAGUGCCAUAUAUUAGAAAGGGACAGCACGAUUCGACCCUGAACCGCUGUCAAACUUCGGUUUUGUAGUAAGUUUUUUUCUGUACGGUAGUACUACUAUUUAUUCUGUGACACAGCUAUACUACAGAAUGAGAGAUGAAUAUCGUUAUCUCAUCUAACAAAUAGCUUUGUCUCUACUUACGUAAGUAAAACUUACAAGUGGAUCUCAGGCUUAAAUAUCGGUGCCAUCGUCUCGCUUUAUCACCACCUCCCACCAGCUACAACCAGGAGCAAAGCUCAUUCCCAGUUCAUGGCACACCAAGAAAAUGCGGGCAUCUCGCUCGUUUCUUCCCAGAACAUGGUUCUGAGGUCCUUAAUGUCCUUAUGCUAUCGCAAAGGACCUCAGGAGGUAACUCAUUCAUGAACUCAUGUCGCAGCCGACAUGGGGUUCUUCAAUUCAGGGUUCUUAACCCUUUGACCGGCAAUAUCGGCCUUCGUGGACUCCAACAAGGUUCACGAUGACGCGCCGCGCACGGUAGGCGUAGCGUUCAAAGGGUUAAGGGCCGGCAACGCUUAAGUGGCUCCUUGGGUGUUGCUUCUGUCCAUCGGCGACGGUGACCGCUUCCCAUCAGGCGGCUCGUCUGCUCGUUUGCUGACUAUCACAUUAAAAAACGAGGUAUUUUUUAACCUUUUGAACGCCAAACGGCGCAUCCAUUUGCCGUGCCACUGACGCCACGGGGGUAAAAUUUAGUUUUGUAAAUAAAUAAUGCCAACAUAAAAGUGGGGUGUUUUUCGGUAGAUUUUCAUCAAAAAACGAAUGACGUCAAAUGCCGUCUUUGGCGUCGUUGUCACGAUUUUGCGUUGACGUCAAUUGCCGUCUGUGGCGUUCAAAAGGUUAAUGGCCGUUUUCAUUUUAACUUUUUACAUUAACUAGUUUUGUGACGAAUUGUAUUGCGUCUUGUCUCACAAUGUGUGUUGUUUUUAAAGAAAAGGAUUUUUAGUGUUAAUGUAUACUUCAGUGCAAAUGUGACGUGUUCGACGGUACGUUAGGCGUCAAGUUUAGGUUUCUUUUCUCUUUGAACGCCACAUUAGGCCAUAGUGUUCCAACCCGUUUUAAAAAGUGAUGUUACUUGUGUAAAAUAACUAGAAUCUUAUAUUGGUCGUGUAUCGUUUUCGUUAUAUUGAAUUUAAAUAUAGAAAUUUAAAAUUAUGUAAGUGUAAAUACGUUUUAAUAUUCUCACAUAUAUAUGAAUUUCCGAUUAUAUAAAUAAUUGUAACGAAAUACGCACUUACUUAUUUAAAUAAAUCAAAAUAAGCUUACCUAUAAGUACUAAAAUUAUUUGUCAAUCUUAUUUAAAAAAAACUAAUAUUUUCAUACUUACAUUCCGAACCCAGUAGGGUUAGGUAAAAAAAUGUAUCGGAUCGCCAGUAUCGCCAUAUUGUCAAUACUUUGAAAAAGUUGAAAGGCAGUAUAGAUGUAGUGCAUAAUUAUUUUCCAUCGUAUUAUCACGGAAACGUUCGAACGUGUCUUGCUAUUCCAGUCAGCCUCGGUACAAAAAGUGCUGUAAUUGACUGAAGUAGAACAAAUACGAACGUGUCCGAGAAAAUACUAUGGAAAACAAUUAUGCACUACAUCUUUUUCCACAAUUUUCUUUGCUUGACAGAACAAGAUACGUGUUUGUUUCAAAGUAGUGCCGAUAUGUAGGUAUUAGGUUGUCACUAUAUGUGAUUUCAACUAUUUCCUCGUUUAAAUAAUAUACCAUUAUAGGUCUUAUAUUUAAAUCUUAAGUGUAUGCUAAUAAAAUAAAAAUAGUCCAAAUUAAA